AUGGCUACCUCCAUCCAAAGACAACUGGUUGUGUUCGACUUCGACUGGUCUCUGGCAGAUCAGGAUUCGGACCGAUGGGUCUUCGAAGUCCUCGCCCCGGAGUUGCGCAGGAAAAUGAAGACACUGAAGCUCGACAUGCAGUGGACUGAUAUCGUCGCGCUACUCUUGCACGAGUUGCAUGACAAGGGGGGCUCCAGGGAUGAUAUUGAGGGUGCUCUGAGAAAGAUGCCUUUCCACCCAGCAAUGAUCCGUGGGGUGCAGGCCCUAAAAGCCAAGUCCAACCCAAGCACCCACUUUCUCUGCCUGUCCAACGCGAACAUCGUGUUCAUCUCCACCAUUCUCAAGGAUAAGGGCUUAGAUUCCCUCUUCGACGAGGUCGUCACUAAUCCUGCCGAAUGGGACGCGUCAGGCCUCCUCAAGCUCCGGAGAAAAAUUGACCCUGCCGGUCCCCAGCACCAGUGUGCGGUGGGCUGCAGCCCCAACAUGUGUAAAGGCGAGGAACUCGAAGCUUUCCUGGCACGACACCGCCCCGACUUCGACCGGGUCAUCUACGUCGGAGAUGGCUCAAACGACUUUUGUCCAAUCUUACGUCUCAGAAGCCAAGAUAUGGUGCUCUGCAGGCGGCACCGCGGUCUCCACAAGCUGAUUACAGCCUACGAAGGCGACGAGACGUUCGCGGACGAUAGGCGUGUCAAGGCAGAGGUCCGAUAUUGGACCGGCGCUUGGGAAGUGGAGGAGAUUUUCGGAAGCCUCUGA